GUGACAUCAGCACGUUGAAAUGUCAAUGCAUCAGUGAUUCAGUCGUAUCUUAUAAUCAUUGAGGCCAAACCAAUUCAAACAUCACUAAUCAGCAGUUUUAUAGACAAAGGCUUCAAGAGUUAAAACAGUGCAUAUAUGUUUAUGACGGAAACAAAAGGUCAAAGUUUUGAAGUUUCGAUUAGACAAUCAACUCCAACAAGAAAAAACUAUGUCAAAAAGAUAUGACUUGUUAUUGAGAUUAUUGCUUGUUGGGGAAACUGGGGUUGGAAAAACUUGUUUAUUGUGUAAAUACAUUAACCAAGACUUCAUCAGUGCUCAUAUUUCAACAAUUGGUAUUGACUUUAAGAUGAAAACAUUACAGAUUGAUGAUAGAAUAGUAAAAGUUCAAAUCUGGGAUACUGCUGGACAAGAACGAUUUGAAUCCAUUACAAAACAGUUCUACAGACGUGCACAGGGUGUUUUACUAGUGUACGACAUGUCUAGUAGAUCCUCAUUUGAAGCUAUACCAAAGUGGCUGGCCUAUGUAGAACAGUUUUGUAAAGAAGAUGUAAGUGUGAUGUUACUAGGAAAUAAAUGUGAUAGAGAGGACAGAAGACAAGUCACAACAAAAGAAGCUAGUCAAUUUGCCAAAGACCAUGGGAUAAUGUUCAGUGAAACCAGUGCUAAAAAUAGUAACAAUCUAGAGAAGGCAUUUCUAGAUAUGUGUACAGACAUCAUAGAAUCACAAGAACAGCAAGCAGCUGAGACUAGAUCCAGUAUAAGUUUAGAUGAAGAUUCUUCUCACUUUGAUAGUCAUUCUGAUUCAUCACAGCUCCUAUCUGGUGGUGGACGUAAGAGGUGCUGCUGAAAAAUAACAUUGGCUCAAUACAGAAUGUUUCUGACAGAGGAUAUUGAUAAUUGCUUAAAGACUGUUUGAAGUAAAAUCAUAACAAAAUAAUAAUUUUGAAUGAAAAACCAGAUAUUGAAAUAACUGUUAUUUUAUGUCAUUCCAUUUACUUGUUUUCUUAGAGGCUGUGUUUUGUUAAGUUUUUUGAAUGAAUUGAUUAAUCAUAAUUAAAAAGUCAUAGAUUAUUUAAAUUCAUUGAAAUCCAUAUUUUGAUUCUGCUACUAACAAUCAGUCUCUUAAAACCAAAUAUUCAUUGUGUGUUCUUGCCUUAUACCAUUUUUUUUUUAUAUAUAAUACUCAAAUUAAAAAGACACAAAAAGACAGACCAAGUUUGGUCAGGGGAUAAAGAACUUUACUGUUGCAGUAUUUUGGGUAAAACAAGGAAUAAAAGUUGGCUUUAUUUAAAUUAUUGUUAAAACGUUAAAAAAAAGUUGAUUAAGAAAGAUUAUUAGAUGUAAGUUAGGACUAGAUUUUGGAUGUUGAAAUUACAAAUAUGAAAAUAAUGGUCCAAACUUAUAUUAAUUUUUUGAAUUAAAUAAAAUUUAAGCAAGUGAAAUGUAAUUACAUCUAGAAAAAGAUAGCUGUCCAGAUAUAAAGAAUUUUUUUUUUUUACCUAUGUAUAAUUUAUUCAUGUAAAAUGAGUAAAAUUAUCAUAAAUUAUCCGUAUAGGUAUAGAUCUCUAUUCAAAUCAAAAUCAUAUGAUAAUGUAUUGAUUACAAUUAUAUUCAUAUUUUUACCAGACCCUCUGUAAAACAUUAUUGGAGUAUAUGUAUAAGAAUGUCAUUAUUCUGAGACUAGUCUUUAUUUACUAAAAGGGGAGCAUUACUAAAGGGUAGGAUUGCUAUAUAUCUACGAAAAAGAUUUUUGUAUAUUAAUGAAAAUUCCCAUGAUAUGGCCAGUGUUAUAAGGAUACAGGGACAAGGAAAUUGUGAUUUAUAAAAAAAAAUCUCCCUACACUUUAAGUUGAUUGCUUUAUUUUAAUGCUUUCCAUUUCACAGUAGCUUAAAAUUAACAAUGUUGUUGAUAACACCUAUGGCGGUAAUAAUAAUAAAAAAAACUCUUAUUGAUAAAAAUACUUAAGUCAUCUGCUAAUUUUUUUCUUCAUUAAAUGCUUGUUUGAUCAAAAGGAAUCUGUAGAUUAAUAUUUAAU